GAAAAGUGCAAAGUUUAUAAGGUUUAGCAUCAGCGACGGUAAAAAUAUAGCAACCCACUCACCCUUAUACGGGUUUUACGACGGAAGUGUGGGAACGACCGUCCUGUGGACACGACCAAACUAGCAGAAUCAUCCAAGUAUCGUUUUCGUUCGCAGUUGCCACCGAUAUAGUCAGUAUUUUUGCAAUGGAAUCCAAGGACGUGGACUCUGCUGGAAACGUAACCAGCAGAACAAGAGCUACAACCGUAAAUUGUUUUCUCCUGACAACAUAAGAUUUUUAAAUCUUACAGGAAGAUUUAAAAUAUUCGCGUUAUUCCGUAAGCACCACCAACUCCCAGGAUACUCAUUGUUAGAACUGCGUACCUCUUCAUCUCAUCCGACGGUUGAUAAUAAUCCUCCAAUUUCGGUCUACGCUGGGAUGCCGUGCUAUCCAUAAGCCUCGUAUAAUCCCUCAGAUCUUCUAAUGCCCUGUUCGUUUCCUCGAUAUCCCUGUUAGCAUCCAGGAUCUCGGCCCUCCGUCUUGCCUCGUUGUUCCUCCGUUUUACCUCGGAUUUGUAGAACUUCUCCUUAGCUUUCGCAAGCUUCUCUAAGGCUUGGUAAUGUCUUUUUACCUCUUCCUUGUGGCCUUGCCCAUUCAACUUGGAGAAUAGGAAACCGGCUCCAGCAAAGGCCACGGCAUUAAAGAGUCCUCCGACUACAAUAGAUGUCAUGCUUUAUUUAUCGAUCAUUUUUGGGAUGUAUCCCUUAUCCUUAAGAUAUCCUAUGGUAAAUGCGCUUUCGGCUACGGCAACAGCAAGCUUCGCCGCUCCCUCUAAAGUCAUUGGUGCACCAAGGCUUUUUCCAGCAACCGUUUUGCCAAGGUAGGAUACCCCCAACAACUCCGGUUGUCAAUAGUGCGGCGUCAUAAAGUUCGUUGAUCACUUCCUUCUUCGUGUCGGUCAUUAUGUUUUUAUUAUAGUACGAUUUGUUUCUCCUCUAGCUUCUUUUCGAGGAUUAGGGGGAUCUUCUUUCCAGGGUGUCAAGUAUCCUGUCUUCACUUUUCUUACGUUCGGCAUCUAUCGUCUUGCGUUUGGCUUCUGUCGCCUCAACCGUGUGAAUGUAAAUCAGUGCGGCUCCAACUGCUACGGCAAAGGUUAGUAUGUCUAGGAAUAAUUGCGACAUUGUUUUAUUAUACUCAGUCAAACAAGUCAGGGCCUUUUGGCUCCUCUACAAUAUUAUUUUCCUCAGGCUUCUCGUCCUUUUCCUGACGACUACACCACAUAACAUAAAGGGAUCCGAGCCCUACGGCGAUACCUACUACCAAGCCGAUUCUCUCUAGGGUGACUAUUGAACCAUCACCUUUGUCCUCCGUGUCCGGAAUGCUCUGCUCCUCUUCUUUGAUAGCCUCAAGUUGUGCCUUCUUUCUAGCUUUUGCUUCCUUACUGAUCUUAGCAAGCCUGCUUCCCGACUCCACUCUCCUGGGAUCCCUGACGUGAAUCUUUACUGGAUUUGUGACAGGUACUGCUGUCGUAUCUGGAUUCUCUUCAGACAUGGUUCUUUUUAUUUAUAGUAGAAGUUAACUAACUUGUAAGUAACUUGUAAGUGACCUCAAUUCUAGUCAAGAGUAUCUCAAAAUAUUUUUGAGUAAGAAACAAGUAAAAGUUAAGUAACCUUAAUUAUGCUCGGAAGUAUCUCAGGAUGCUCUUAUUGGUCCUUAAUCUUACUGAAAAGUACCUCAAAUUCAGAAUCAACAAUCUAUAGACAAAACUUUCCUACAUAUAAACAAAGCAACCAUGGAACAACCCAUUACAAGGAGAUGCUUUAAAAAGAAGGAAAUGAAAAAAGCCGCACUCAUCUUCCGCUGUCCCGAAAAGGUGAACCACAUUGAAAGGAUGUGUAAGCUGGUUAACUACAAAGACAUAAUGUUAACCAUAGAAUUCACAAUACCCGUAUUUGGCAGAAUAGCGCCCAUACCGACCGAUCAACGCAUAGCAAGAGUCAACGUUAAGUUUGGAAAUGGGUUGAUGGGGAAAAAUGCUGAAAUCCGUAGGCUAAACUUUACCAACGGAUAACCAGGAGGUAUUCUAGUCAUCAUCACGAUUUUCGAUCUUAACAGCUUUCCACGCAGGUGUUGGAUCAAAAACCUAAAGGAUAGGGGAGACACAGUCCUGCGAGGUGAGGUCGAAAAUAUACUAACAGGUGAGGAGGAAGACGAGGAAGACGAGCAGCUACGUGCGUUAGAAAGACGGCUGGAUGGAAUGGGGAAGACUCUGUUAGGUCCCACAGGUGUGAUCCUAUGACUAAAACAGAAUCAACAUUUUUUACAAACAAAUCCUACCUCCGCCCAAACAGGACAACCACAAUGAGACAAUUCACCAGAAGGGAGGAAGAAAGGGUCCAACUCUACUUCAACUGUCGGGAAAAAAUGGACUAUAUUGAGAGGAUGCUUAAACGAGUUGACUACAUGGGCACAAUGUUCACUAUGGAAGUUGGUGGUGAAAACGGUCCGGCGAAGCUUAAGGUUAAGUUCGGAAAGGGAUGGAUGGGAAAAGGUGCCGAAAUCCACAGGAUAAACAACCUUAAAGUAAAGGAGAAUCAAAGGGUAUCACAGUUUUUAUAACCAUUUCAGAAUCCACCUAUCCAUACGACUGUUGUAUCGAAAACCAAAAGGACAAGAAAGAUGGAAUCUGCUUAGGUAUACCAACAGAAAUCACCCGCCUUUACACCCACCCCGACCUUCUACACAUAGCAGAACGACAAGAGGAAGCAGAAGAAAUGGAUGAAAUACAUAACGAGGUGGGGGAUAUAUCGGACGAGAUAUUGAACUGGGAGGAGGAAACGCUGGAUGAUAUGCAAAUAGAGGCUGAAAUGGAAGAAGCCUUACAGGGUCAAACCGACUAAGGUUGUCAGGUAGUGACCUGGCGAGGUUGUCAAAUCCAAAGACGCAAUUGUGGACACUCCAUCUUACAAACAGAAACAACUUUUUCCAAAAAAAAAGAAUCCUAUAUAAUAAAAAGGACAUUUCUCAUAUGUCCGGGAUUGGAAUACCUGGAGUUGCCAUUACUAUUUCCAAACCUUAUGGGUUUGAAAAAAAAAAAAAAUCAACAUUCAGACCACAUCACAGAUUAAAAAAAAAUUAUCUAUAUAAUAAAGUAAUGGCAACCAAAAGCCAGAGUAUUCCAGUUUCGGACAAAAAAUUCACAUCUAUAGGACGCAUGAGAACUAACGUUCUGGAAAAGGCCCGAGAAAGAGGUCUAAAAAUUGAAGAAAAAAUUAACAACCACUUUGACGAAUUACACAAGAAGGAAAAGAGAAAGGCAAUCGGAAAGGAAGUGUCGCAAGGCAGUUCCAAAGACGAAGGAAGCAGACCGAGGGCAACGCACAAAAGGCAACAAGGGAUACAAGGAAAUGGAAAAGUGAUAUUGCUAAGGAAGAAAAGAGACGGCGUAAGGAAGUUACGGAUUGGAAGGCCGAAGCCCAGAAUGGAAAAAAGAAUCCCAGCGAUUACGACGAAAUGCGAAGGCUAGGGAAAGGCGAGCUGAGGAGUACUGCAGAAUCGCAGAGGGCAAGUGGAGAGGUAAGAGAAAAUUCGGUAGGCUUCAGCUAAAAGUGGGUGAUAAGCUAAGCAAAAUUUGGGAAAGACCAAGGGAAAUUCUGAAACCCAUCCUACCCAAACACGCCAUCAAGAAAAAGGUAAAGAAAUAUGUUAUCAACCCCAAAGGCGU